AUGGGGGAGCAGACGGGACCCCGAAUUUUCCAUUACCUAUGGUCGUAUGUGCUUGUUUCGGUGCUGAGUCUUCUUAUAGACACAACAGCCAAGAAACCACGUAAAAGACCAAAAGAAAAAACAUACAACAGCCGGUGUUCGCCAAUGGUCACCCACUUGACUACUAAUCUGCCGGUUAGUGGCUUGUCUAUGGGGGAGCAGACGGGACCCCGAAUUCUCCACUACCUAUGGUCGUAUGUGCUUGAAUACACAACAAAAAUAAAUUAUAUUUGA